AUGUCAAGACAUAGAUUUAUGAAAAAUAUACAAGAUGAUGAUGAUUAUGGAGAUUAUGAUUCAGAAGUUUAUGAUGUUUAUGAUAUGGUGAUUGAUGAUAUACCAGAUAUAUCAUUGGAAGAGAUUUAUGAUGCAUUGAUUGAUUUUGAUUUUGAUGUUGAUGAUACUGCAGAUUACUUUUUAGAAGAAGCUGCCAAAGGUACACUUAAAAAAAAGAAUAAUAAGAAAAAAACAAGUUCAAAUCAAUCAAAUCAAUCAAAUAAUCAACAACAAUCAAACAAUCAACCAAAAGUUAAACCAUCAACAUUGGGUUUAAAUCUUGGACCAAUCUAUUUAGAAAAUAUAGAAUUAUCAUCUGAUGAAUUUACAUUGAGAUCAUUAUAUAAUCAAAAAGAUAUAUCUAAAAAUGAAAGAAUUUUACCUUUUCAUUUUAAUGAUCCAUCACCAGAUGAUAUUAUUUUAAACAAACAAAAAUUGGCUUUUGGUCAAAUUAAUAAUUCUGUUUUAGAAUCAAUAAAAGGAUUAAAUAUAUCAAAUAAUCAAUCAACAACAACAAAAAUAUCAUCAACACCAACACCACAUAAUACACCAACAAAUAAUAAUAAUUUUAUGGAUGGAUCUGGAUCUCAAACUUCUUCUUCCUCCUCCUCCUCCUCUCAUUCUAAUAUUAAUAUAUUACAACAUUCUAUAAAUAGAAAAAAAGAAUUGGAAAAUUUAGUACAUGAAAAUUUUACAUCAAAAGAAACCAAAUCAUCAUUGAAUAUGGUAGUAAUUGGACAUGUAGACGCAGGAAAAUCAACUACAAUGGGACAUUUAUUAUUCAAGGUUGGAGCAGUUGAUCAAAGAACGAUUGCCAAAUUUGAACGAGAAUCUUUGGCAAUUGGUAAAGGUUCAUUUCACUUUGCUUGGGUUUUGGAUGAACACACUGAAGAACGUGAACGUGGUGUAACGAUGGACGUUUGUGUACGAUACUUUGAAACCAAACAUCGACGUGUAACAUUGUUGGAUGCUCCAGGUCAUCGAGACUUUGUUCCAAAUAUGAUUUCAGGUGCCACACAGGCCGAUGUUGGUGUUCUUCUCAUCAAUGCCUCGGAAUUUGAAUCUGGCUUUUGUGAGGAAGGUCAAACACGUGAACAUGCAGUUUUGGCAAAAAGUUUGGGUAUUGUUCAACUCAUCGUUGCAAUCAACAAGAUGGAUAUGAUUGAUUGGAAUCAACAACGUUAUCAAUACAUUGUAGACACUCUUACAGUGUUUUUAACUUCAAUCAAAUUUACUGAAGCAAACCUAAGAUUUGUUCCAAUCUCUGGUUUCAAAGGUGAUAAUUUAAUUGAAAAAUCAUCAAAUUCAAAUUGGUAUAAUGGUCAAUCUCUUGUUGAUUUAAUUGAUACAUUUAGUAUUGGUGAAAGAUUAAUUAAUAAACCAUUUAGAAUGGGAAUUAAUGAUAUAUAUAAAUCAACAAGUAAAGGAAGUGUAUCGGUAGGAGGAAAAGUAGAGGCAGGAGUGAUUGGAGUGGGAGACAAAUUAUUGAUAUCACCAGGUCAAGAAAUAUGUACAAUCAAAGCAAUCAAACGUGCAAAUAUGGAUUCAGAAUGGGCCGUUGGUGGUGACAAUGUCGAUCUUGGUUUGUCGGUCGAUGUGGCAACUGCAAUCAGAGUUGGUUCCAUUCUAUGCGAUCCAGAAAAACCAAUCAAAACGGCGCGUGUCUUUCAAGCUCAAAUUGUUACUUUUACUGUACCAGUACCAAUCACCAAUGGCUAUCAGGCAGUUUUCCACGCACACGCAAUGGAGGAACCUGCUACUAUUACCAAACUUGUAUCAUUAAUGGACAAUGCCGGAGGUGUAUCGAAAAAGAACCCAAGAUGCGUUGGCGAUUCGGCUUCGGCGGUCGUCGAAAUCACCCUUUCCCGUCCCGCUUGUCUCGAAUUGUAUAGUAAUUAUCGUCAGCUUGGAAGAUUCACGCUGAGAGAGUCGGGUAAAACAAUUGCUGCCGGUAUUAUUACUAUGUUUUUGGAUAAGAAAAAAAAGAAAUCAAAUUGA